CCGACGCGCCUGCUGCCCGUCUCCCCGAUCUCUCGCUCCUCUCGCACCCUUUCCAGUCACGGCGGCGGCGGCGGAAGGCGACGCGGUGGCAGGUCGGUGACGGGUGAGCGAUGGCGCCGCCGGGGUCGCGGCGGUGGGCGUACGUGCGCGUGAUGGCCGGAACCAUCCUCGGCGGCGCGCUCGGAUUCUACGUCAUGCACCGCGUCGAGACCUCCUACAAGGCGAGGAUGGAGGAGAGGCUGCGGCGGUACGAGGCGCACAUGCUCGCCAAGGCCAGGGAGGCGCAGCAGCUGCAGGACGAGGCGCAGCGGGAGGACAAGGCCCAGCUCCUCCCCGACUCGUGACAUUCUUCUCUCCUCGUGCGCGUGCUCGCUUCGCUGAAUUGUUAGAGUAACAUAGUGCACUGGGGCACAGGAGUCAACUCUCUUUCUUCAGAGGUAGAGACAGAAGAUCGACAUGUACUUUUGGCUUGUUGUGAUCUUUUCUGAUUAGAAGAAAACCGCACCACACUGUUGGAGUGUGAGGUAUGGGUUAUUUGUGUGGAAGUUAAAUAUGCACAUGCUUCGAUGUCUAUCUGUACCUACUGCUAUAUAAAAAUUGUGAUCUUAUCAACAAUAUCUGUGCAAGGAAGGAAGGAUUGAACAAUUGAUGGUUUUGUGGUACC